AUGGCCUCCGUCACCUCGCUUGACAAGGACUUGCGCAGUCUGCGCUUGUCCCGCUAUACCCCGCAGGCAGCCGCGGAAGUGCGCGAUUGGAUUGAAGAAGUGUUACACGAGAAGCUCCCGCCAGGAGAUCUCCUGGAUGCUUUGAAAGAUGGCGUUGCACUCUGCAGGCUGGUCAACUUGGCCGUCUCCCCCGGCGUCAAGUUCAAGCAGUCCUCGAUGCCGUUUGUGCAAAUGGAGAACAUCUCUCACUUCCUUCGCGCAUGUCAAAUGCAGCCCAUCAGCCUCCCUCCGCACGAUGUCUUCCUGACCGUCGAUCUCUACGAAGCCAAGGACCCCGCACAAGUCCUACAAUGUCUUACGUCUUUCAGUCGUCGGGCCAAUGCUCUCCAGCCUAGCAAGUUCCCUCGCGCUCUCGGUCCUCAAAGCAAGGCAGCCACUCUGAGCCCGCAUGCCACCGGUUCCAGUCAAGGCGCUUAUACCCCCACCAAGUCGAGUGUAUCCGGUCACUCCAGCCCGGCAAGGUCCCCGAAGCCAGUCAGCAGCUGGAGCAAGAAGUCUGAUGAGUUUGUCACGGCCCCCGCCUGGAACAUCCACCAGUACGGCUACAUGGGCGGCGCAAACCAGGGCAGCAUGGGUGUUGCCUUUGGUGCACGUCGGCAGAUCACCACCGCUGCCCCGCGUGUUCCCAGCUUGGCGGAGAAAGAGAAGCGGAGAAAGGAGGAGGAAGAACGGCAAGUUUUGGAAAAGCAGGAAGCAGAGCGCCAGCUCCAGCAGGAGCGCGAAGCGGAAGAGGAGCGUGCCCGCAUCGAGGAAGAGCGCCGCUGGGAGGAGGAAGCCAACCGUCUGAGGGAGCAAGAGCGGCGUCAAGUCGAGGAGGAGCGCAAGCGCUGGGACGCGCAACAGCGCAAAUGGGAAGAAGAGGAACGGCAACGCCUGCGUGAAGAAAAAGAAACGGAAGAUAGGCUAGAACGCGAGCGACUUCAACGACGAGAGGCGCAAGACAGCCGUCUCAACGGACAGUUCCUCAGCCAGUACCAAGCCAGUCUACCGGCAGCAUCUCCCGUUCCCCCAGUCUCCAGCGAGAACCGCGAGAGACAACGAAUCCGCGAACUCGAGCGCGAGUUAGAACGCGCAAAGGAGAGAGAACGCCAAUACGAGCGCGAACGUCAAGACAUCCAAGAAAGGGCCACCAAAUCGCCGCCUCGCAGUCCCCGGCCAGCCCAGCCCAGCUACGACCUAUCUUCCCUCGAGCAAGAGCGUCGCAUGCUACGCACCGAAUGGCAAAAGCACCACGACGAGCCACUCACAGAAUCAGACAUCCCCCCAAGCAUGCCUCCGCGACCCCUCCCAGAGCCCGUCAUCUCCGCCGAGGACAAACCAUCCACGCCCCCUCGCCCCUUGCCCGACCCCACCGGAGCGAAGCCCCCUAUGCCUCCACGACCCCUCCCCGAUCCCACAAGCUACACCCCUCCAUCCCAAAGCCCCUAUACACAAGAGAGCCGGGUCGACCGAUUCCUCGCAUCCAACCGACCCCCUGUUGCCCCGAAGCCCGCCGCCCACCGGCCUCAGGACUACACCACCACAGCGGAGGUAGACGCCGAGAAUAGCCGUCGCGCCGCCGCUCAAGAGAAGACCAAGGCCGGUGGCUGGGCUUCCAAGUCCCUUCUGGAACGCGAGAUGGAGCGCGAACGGGAACGUCAGCGCGAGUGGGAGGAAAACCAGCGCCAGACACAGGAGGCAGCAGCUAGGGCUGGGUCUUCUACUGCGGGCGCUAAGCGGCAGAUUAUUGGGCCGAGGCCACCUCCGUAA